CAUUUAAAAUCAGACUCUUUUUGUCUUUUGAUUGCUGUCUCGCGCCCCAACUCCGAUGUGUUCCGUUAUCAGCGACCAGCAGCCAGCCGUUCCAGCCCCCGUCUGGGUGGGGAUCAGCGGCGAGUCCCCUGCAGCAGCGGCAGGCAAGGUUAUAUAGGAAGAGAAAGAGCGAGGCACAGAGCGAGGGAGCCAGCAGCAAGCCGGAGCGAGCAAGGGAGAGCGCAGCCCGAGCGCACAGGCACACACACACUUGCACACACAGCCCCACACGGGGACAGCUUUGAAGUCACUGGGUUCCAUGGACGAGAUGCUGCUGCUGGCGAGAUGUCUGCUGGUGGUUCUCGUCUCCUCGCUGCUGAUGUGCUCGGGGCUGGCGUGCGGACCCGGCAGGGGAUUUGGGAAAAGGCGGCACCCCAAAAAGCUGACCCCUUUAGCCUACAAGCAGUUUAUCCCCAACGUGGCUGAGAAGACCCUAGGGGCCAGUGGAAGAUAUGAAGGGAAGAUCUCGAGAAACUCGGAGCGAUUUAAGGAACUCACCCCCAAUUACAACCCCGACAUCAUAUUUAAGGAUGAAGAAAACACUGGAGCGGACCGGCUGAUGACUCAGAGGUGUAAGGACAAGUUGAAUGCCUUGGCCAUCUCAGUGAUGAACCAGUGGCCGGGAGUGAAGCUGCGGGUGACCGAGGGCUGGGACGAGGACGGCCACCACUCAGAGGAGUCACUGCACUACGAGGGCCGCGCCGUGGACAUCACCACCUCAGACCGAGACCGCAGCAAGUAUGGCAUGCUGGCGCGCCUGGCCGUGGAGGCCGGCUUUGACUGGGUCUACUACGAGUCCAAAGCGCACAUCCACUGCUCCGUGAAAGCAGAGAACUCGGUGGCAGCCAAAUCGGGCGGCUGCUUCCCGGGCUCGGCCACGGUGCACCUGGAGCGGGGCGGCACCAAGCUGGUGAAGGACCUGCGCCCCGGGGACCGCGUGCUGGCGGCCGACGACCAGGGCCGGCUGCUCUACAGCGACUUCCUCACCUUCCUGGACCGCGACGACGGCGCCAAGAAGGUCUUCUAUGUGAUCGAGACGAGGGAGCCGCGCGAGCGCCUUCUGCUCACCGCCGCGCACCUGCUCUUCGUCGCGCCGCACAACGACUCGGCCGCCGGGGAGCCCGGGGCGCCGUGGAGCGCGGGGCCGCCGCCGGGGGGCGUGCCGGGGCGCCGGGCGCUCUUUGCCAGCCGCGUGCGCCCGGGCCAGCGCGUGUACGUGGUGGCCGAGCGCGGCGGGGACCGCCGGCUCCUGCCUGCCGCGGUGCACAGCGUGACGCUGCGCGAGGAGGCCACGGGCGCGUACGCGCCUCUCACGGCGCAGGGCACCAUCCUCAUCAACAGGGUGCUGGCGUCGUGCUACGCGGUCAUCGAGGAGCACGGCUGGGCGCACUGGGCCUUCGCGCCCUUCCGCCUGGCGCACGCGCUCCUGGCCGCACUGGCGCCGGCGCGCACGGACCGCGGCGGGGACGGCGACGGCGGAGGCGGCGGCCGUGUCCCUCCGCCCGCGCCAGGCGCGCCAGGUGCGCCAGGUGCGGCCGACGCGCCAGGUGCCGGAGGCGUCCACUGGUACUCGCAGCUGCUCUACCAAAUAGGCACCUGGCUGUUGGACAGCGAAGCCCUGCACCCGCUCGGCAUGGCGGUCAAGUCCAGCUGAAGGCCGGGGCCAGAGGGCGCGGGUGGGGGGCGGGGCGGGGGGGCAACAGCAAGAUACAGACACACGGAAAAAGCGCGCACGGAAUGAGACUUUAACUAUAAUAUUAAUUAAUAAUAAUAAUAAAGUAGGACAGUCCAAAGUAGACUCUAAGGAAACAAAGACCCCGGAAAGUUCUGUCGUUGUGUUUAGUUUAUAUAUAUAUUUUUGAAUUUUUUGGUUAUUGUUUUAUUUUGGUUAUUUUUUUCACCUCUCCUGGCUAUUUAUUUGUUUGGUAUGAAUAGAUGUUUUAAAUAAUAUGAACCGGACCUUCAAGAGCCUUAAAUAGUUUGUUUCUUGGAUAAUUUAUUAUUAUCAUGUGAACUGUACUCACAGGGGGAAAGAUUAUUUUGUGAGGCCAAGCGACCUGCUCAGAGUCUAUUUUUCUACAUGUCCCUCGUCCUGACUUUCAGAAAGCAAAAUUCUGUCCUCUCCAUUCCUCUUUCCCAGUGCUCCUGCUGUUCAGCAAGUGUAAACUAAAACAUGCUUCCUGGGGGUCCACAAAUUAUAUUUUUAUACACAGAAUUGUAAAUUAGAUUUUUUGAGAGAUCAAUACUUAACUGAAUUACAUUUCAUUUUUGAAAUAGUGUAAAAUAUGAAAAUAUAUUAUUUUAAUUUAACUAG